CUAUCAUAUGGAUGUGUUAAAUUAAUACAGAAAUUAUUGGUGCUAUAAUCUUCCGAUUGUAAGGGUACACUUGCUUACGAUGGUAUCAGCUGACGUUGCAGAUGACGACCGCCAAACUUCGGGUCGUGAUCGUCGUGAGAGGAGUCUGAGUCGUUCACAUCGUCGUUACAAGUCUCGUUCUGUUAGUCGUGAUCAUCAUCGUCACCGACGUCGUCAUUCUCGUCGUUACUCUAGCAGUUCCAGUCGAUCUCGUAGUCGCCAUGAUCGUUCAAGUCGGCGGCGUUCUCGUGAUGCAUCUUUGAGUCGCGUUCAUGAGCGUUCUCGUCAUCGAUCGAGUCGUUCUGGUCGUAGUGACCGUAGCUCAUCUCGUCAUCGUUCUCACCGGCGGCGUGAUGAUCGGAGCAAAAGUCGUUCUGAGAAGGUUCGCCUAGACCCUGAGGAGUUGGCUCGCAUUGAGCAUGAAAAGCGUCGUCAGCGUGAGAUUGAGGAGGCUCAGCGUGAAGACUUGACUGUGUUGGUGAUCAACUUAUACUUGGGUGCUGAUGAGCGUAAGAUAUAUGAGGUGUUUAGUGAGCAUGCUGGGAAGGUCCGUGACGUUCAGUGUGUUCGUGACGCUCGCUCUGGUCGUUCUAAGGGUGUUGCAUAUGUUGAAUUUUACACUCAGGAGUCUGUGAUCAAGGCUCUUGCUAUGAACGGUUUUGAGUUGAACGGUCAGCGUAUACGUGUUCAAUCAUCUCAGGCUGAGAAGAACCGUGCGGCUCGUGCUGCUAAGAUGAUUCAGCAGCAGACUGUUGAGGUAGCAGAUUCUCCUUUUACAAUUCAAGUAACUGGUUUAACUGGAUCCCUAUCAUCGAUCAGUGAGGUCGAGAUUCGUCAGAUGUUUUCUCCUUUUGGGAAUAUAAUAUCAGUUGAGAUUUUACGUGAUCCACAUUCUAACUUACCUCUUGGUCAGGCUUACAUCAAGUUCAAGCGUACAUCGGAGGCUAAGGAGGCUGUUACUGCUAUGAAUGGCUUUGACAUUGGCGGUCAGACUAUAAAGGUUGCCUAUGCUACCGGUGCUAGUGCCAAAGGUCGUUUAUCGACUCACGGUGAGGUUGACAUUGAACGUUUAGAUGAGGACGGUGGUGGUCUUAUAUCUGGUGCCACCAACAAGAUCGCAUUGAUGCACAAGUUACAGCGUACAUCUUCGGAUACCAAUAGUCAUCUCAGUUCUGGUUCAUCGGGUGAUACGAAUUCAGGUAUAUCGAGCAAGCCUACUUGCAACAUUACAUUGAGCAAUAUGUUUAGUUCCUCAGACCCAUCUGUUUCCGAGCCUACGUUUUUUGACGAGGUUGAGGAGGACGUGAACGAGGAGUGCAACAAGUACGGUAAGGUGUUGAAGGUUUACAUCAACCGUGGUGUGAUUGACGGCAAGGUUUGGGUUAAGUUUGGCAAUGUAGUUGACUCCACAGUUGCAUUUCGUAGUUUGAAUGGCCGUGUGUUUGCUGGUAACACUAUCAAGGCCGAGUAUGUGACUGACGAGUACUGGCAGCGGAUGGUGAGGUAGCUUACACAUCA